AUGUCCGCAGUAUCCACAUCCCAACCGGAAUUCGACUUUUGGGAAUUCGUCAAUUGUGCAAGAUGCCAACUCCCUUUCUCUUCGGAUGCCGGCGCGACCAUCCCGUUCUGGUUGACGGAAUGUGGGCAUAUAGUCUGCAAUAACCAUCUCAAUGCUGACCAGAGUUGUACGGUAUGUGGGUCACCCGGCAUUCAGUUGGUGCCCCUUCAACGCGAGAUGGAACCACCGAUGUCCGACUGGUUUCGAUCAAUACCGUAUGCGCUGGACUCUAUUGCAUAUACAGCCAAAUUUCAGCAAGAGUCCAUGGCUGCUCAGAUACAGUACUACAGAACUAGGCAUCAACAACAGAGGGCGCAUAUAGAGAAGCUCAAGCGCGAGAUGGCGGAACUGAAAAGAGCGAACCAGUAUUUAACGGGGGAAUUAUCGUCAUACCAGCAAGGAGUCGAUUCUUCACAGCAGCAGAUGUAUCAUCGCAGAGACGACCAAGAGCCGUCGGAUAAUAUGAAUGCGCACGGGAAACGCCCUAUGGAUCAGCGGCCGAUGACUACUCCAAGCCCCCAUUCCUCUCUGAUAGGACCCGAUAGGCUUACCUUGCCGCCUGGUCAACAGCCACCCAAUUUGUCCUAUAAUCGCACAAACGACAUGGCACCACAGGUCGUUAACGAUGUUCGACAGCAGCGGCAGCAAAGGCCAGCAUCUCGUAACCUUGCGCAGCAAUACGUCUAUGUCCCGCCGUCGACGCCACACAUGCCUCCACCUCAGUUAUCGCACAUGCAAGCACCACGAAACGUUCAACGAGCAAGAGUAAAUCAAGAUGUUUCACAGGGCGGACUAUCAGCAGCAACUCCUUCUCUCACCAAAUUCAAGCCCGCUCAAGUGCAAGGUAACAACCAACCCCGGAACAUGGGCCCACCGCCCACGCCAGUACAUGCACGAGCGCAACAGCGACAAUCUGUCAAUGCGUCAACAAAUGUUCCUUCUCGUCAGCCUAACACUGGAGCUCCCCCCUCAAACCGAUUCCUUCCUCCAGGAGAAAGAUUCGCUCCGCCCUCAUCAACAAAUACUGGUGGAAGAGGAUUCCUACCUCCAACAUCGACAACAGGUCCUCAACACUUCGUCUCUGCUCAUAGUGCUUCUCUUGCAGGAUCUUCAGGAACUAGGGCGAUGCCUCGUGCUGGAACGGCUAUACCAAAUACUGCUGGAGGUGGAAGCCAAAGGAUGCCAUUUGUCCCUGGACAAGGAUUCAGGUGA